AUGGAUAGACCAGAACUUCUAGGGAGAGGUUCACAAGGAGAGGUAAUCAAAUGUGCAUUAAAGUACUUUGUCAAACAAGAAGGUUCAUCUUUUGAAAAGGAACUAGAGUUUUUUAAUAAAAUAAAGAAAAAAGGAAUUAAAGAUGAUCAUAUUGUACAAUUAUAUGGAGAAACAACAUUUACUAAAGAUGGUAAGACCUAUAAAGGACUGGCAAUGGAGUUGGCAGACAAAGGAACACUAUUUGAUUUUAUCAAGGUUGAAAACCCAGACUUUUCAGGUAAAGACCUACUAGUAAUGUUGAUAGACAUAGCAUCGGUCAUGGUCAAGUUACACGAAGCCAAUUUGAUUCAUCGUGACAUUAAACCAUCAAACAUUUUAAUAUUCUCAAAUCCAUCGUACAAUCCAGAGAGUGCUGGUAGUAGUAAACGGUAUAUUGCAAAGUUGGCAGACUUUGGAACAUCAAAGGAUAAAAUACCAAAUAGUGAAAUGACAAAGGAUAUAGGUACUAGAUAUUACAAGGCUCCUGAGAUUGGUGGAAAUGAUUAUACAUGUAAAGUAGAUGUUUAUAGUUUCGGAAGGAUGUGCCAACUUGUAUUAAAUAUUGCAUUGAUGUUUAAACAACCACAUGAACAUGAUGUUAUAGUCUUUGAGACUUUGGAUUCUUUUGUUCAAUUGGUUACAAAGUGUACUCUGGGAAACCCAGAUCAUAGACCAACAUUUGUUGAUAUUCACUCUGUUUUGUGUGAUAUCAAAGAUAAACAUCUGAAAGAGUUUGGAUUGAUGAUAGAUGGAAUGAAAGUGAACAACUUGGCAUUGGUCAAAGCAGAAAGUAUCAGAUGCCACCAAGACAUUAUUAUAUUCUUUCAAUCAUUCAGUAGUAUAAAGGUACAAUCGGGUACAGCAACAACAACAAUAUCGUACCCCAGUUUCAAAGUUUCCACUGGGUUACUCAAGAAUACCCAAUGUGGGACAUUGAUUGUUGUCGAUGGUGCUAUGGGAUCUGGAAAGAAACACCUAAUCCAACAUUAUCUUGAAGAGAAUGUAAAGUCAACCACAACCACAAAUCUAGUAGUAGACCAAAGUGUCAGGUCAACACACUAUCACGCAGUUGUUUUUGGUAUUGAAGACAAGAUUGACAUAUUAUGGCCUACUUUUCAAUGGGGACAAAAAGAAAAAGAAGAUAGGUAUCAAACCAUUUUAAAUGUUUUAGGUGAUUCAAGAAGAAGAGUUGCAAUACAUUUUGGAAAAAAGGAAUCAUAUAGUAUGAUUAAGAGUUUGGUGAUCCCAUCCAAUAUUAAAAUCAUUUUUUCAGCGACUACAGAUGAUUGUCAAGAAUUGGAGAUUGGUCCCAACAGAGUAACGAUUGGCUUGGACGACCAAGAUAAAUUGGAGUUUGUCAAGAACUAUCUUGGACUCAAACAACUAUUAGGUGUAGAUCUUUCAUCCUUUUCGACUCCACAGUUACUUAAAAAGUUAUGUGAUAGUUAUAAAUUAUUUACAAAAAAAAGUAUAACUACAUUACCAUCAUAUAAUAGAAUAGUUUUGGAAACUUUUUAA